AUGAGUAUCAGGGAGGAGAUUCUAAAGAGUGAGGUAUAUGAUCCCCAGACGGUGAGGUUUAAAGAUCAACUGCGAAGCUCAAGCUACCCUUUCCCACUUAAAGGUUUCCUCCCCAAGGUGAGGUUUAAAGAGCGGUGGCCUGGCCCGCUGAAACGAGAGUACCUGCUUCAGUACAACGAUCCCAACCGCCGAGGGCUCAUCGAAAAUCCUGCCUUGCUUCGUUGGACCUAUGCAAGAACAACAAAUGUCUAUCCUAAUUUCAGACCCACUCCUAAAAACUCACUCAUGGGAGCUCUGUUUGGAAUCGGGCCCCUCAUCUUCCUAUAUUGUAUUAUCAAAACUGACAGGGAUAGGAAAGAAAAACUUAUCCGGGAAGGAAAAUUGGAUCGAACAUUUCAGCUCUCACGUUAAGUCUGGCAAUGAUGACUAUAUGUAUUCCUGCCUAAAUAAAUCGUCUAUUAAUCAUUAAAAAAAAAAAAAAAAAAAAAAAAAAAAAAAAAAAAAAAAAAAAAAAA